CCCUACGCCCACAGCCCCUCGGUGCGGAAACUCUCCAAAAUCGCCACCCUGCUCCUGGCCAAGAACUACAUCCUCAUGCAGGCGCAGGCCCUGGAGGAGAUGCGGCGGCUGGCAGCCUACCUCAACCAGGGCCAGACGCUGAGCACCCCGCUGCCCGCCACCCUCAACCCCUUCGGACAGUCGGCCGUCUACCCCUUUGGCGGCACGGCCUUGCCCGGCUGCCCUGAGAAAUGCACUGCCUUCACAGGAGCCGCCUCUGCCCUCUGCAAACACUGUAAUGACAAGCCUUGA